CAGUUCCUUCUCCCAUGUGAAGUCUGAUCUCUGUGAGUGCUGAGUCGCAGAGUAGCUAGCUCUCCAUGUGACUUCAGUUUCCGUCAGUUCCUUCCGCAAGUGCAAAAAUAAUCUGAUGCUCCAGAGAGAGGAGGCCGCCCAACUCUCAAGGAGGCCGGAGCCCCGGGAGAGGAUGCACCCGGAGGAGCCGCCUGGGCCUGCGGGAGCCUGCUGCACUUGAGAUGGAGUUGCUGCCCCUUUGGCUCUGCCUUGGUUUUCACUUCUUGACAGUGGGAUGGAGAUAUCGCAGUGGAAUGGCCACAGCUGCUUCACAAAGGGGCUGUAAGUUGGUGGAUGGAGUCGCUGACUGUCAAGGGCAGAACCUGGCUUCGGUGCCCAGCAAUCUCCCUCCUCACUUGCAGACGCUCAUCCUGGAUGCCAAUCCACUCAACACCCUGGGGAAUCAUUCCCUCCAGCUUUACCCUCUCCUGCAGAGCCUCAGUCUGCACAGCUGCCACCUGAAGCACAUUGGUUGGGACACCUUCCUAGGGCAGGCCCGCCUGCACAGCCUGGCACUACCUGACAAUUACCUCUCAGAGAGCUACCAGGAGACGGCAGCUGCCCUUCACAGCCUGCAGGCGUUGAGGAGGUUGGACUUGUCGGGAAACUCCCUGACAGAAGACAUGGCAGCCCUCAUGCUCCAGAACCUGUCUUCACUGGAGUCUGUGUCCCUGGCAAGGAACACCAUCAUGAGGCUUGAUGACUCUGCCUUUAAAGGCCUGGGGCACCUCAAGGAGCUGGAUUUGCAGAGGAACUACAUCUUUGAGAUUGAGGUUGGAGCCUUCGAAGGCUUGACUAAGCUGAGACACCUCAACCUGGCCUAUAACAACCUCCCUUGCAUUGUGGACUUCAGCCUCACAGGGCUCCAGUCCCUCAAUGUCAGCUAUAAUGCCCUGGAAUGGUUCCUGGCAUCAGUGGAAGAGGCUGCUUUUGAGCUGGAGAUGCUAGACCUCUCUCACAAUCAGCUGCUGUUUUUCCCGCUCCUGCCCCAAUCCAGCAAGCUGCACACCCUCCUGCUGCGGGACAACAACAUGGGCUUCUACAGGGACCUGUACAAUGCCUCGUCACCGCAGGAGAUGGUGGCCCAGUUCCUCCUUGUGGAUGGCAAUGUGACCAACAUCACCACAAUUAACCUUUGGGAAGAGUUUGCUUCCAGUGAUCUUGCAGGUCUUCGCUUCCUGGAUAUGAGCCAGAACCAGUUCCAAUACCUGCCUGAUGGCUUCCUAAAGAAAAUGCCUUCCCUCUCCCACCUGAAUCUUAACCAGAAUUGCCUGAUGACGCUCCACAUCCGGGAGCACGAGCCCCCAGGAGCGCUCAUGGAACUGGAUCUGAGCCAGAACCAGCUGUCGGAGGUGCACUUGACUCCGGGGCUCACCGGCUGCCUGAGGAGCCUCCGGUCAUUCAACCUGAGCUCCAACCAGCUUCUGCAUGUCCCUACUGGCCUUUUCACUGAUGCCAAUAACAUCACUACAGUUGACAUGAGCCACAACCAGAUCUCACUUUGUCCCCAGCCAGCUGGGUUAGACCACGUGGGCCCCCCUAGCUGUGUGGAUUUCAGGAAUAUGGCAUCUUUGAGGAGCCUCUCUCUGAAGGGCUGUGCGCUGGGAGUAUUACAAGACUGCUCAUUCCAGGGGACUGCCCUCACCCACUUAGACCUGUCCGGAAACUGGGGGAUUCUCAAUGGGAGCAUUGCCCCUCUCCAGAAUAUUGCUGCCACGUUACAGGUCCUGUCACUCAGGAAUGUGGGCCUCAGUUCCAGUUUCACAGAGUUGGACUUCUCUGGGUUUAGGAAUCUGAGGGACUUGGAUCUGUCAGGAAAUUCCUUGACCCAUUUUCCAAGGUUCAGGGGCAGCCUGGCCCUACAGACCCUGGAUCUCCGCAGGAACUCUCUCAGAGCCAUUCCCCAGAGGGCUGUGACUGCGCAGCUCCUGACAAGUCUGCGGACCAUCUACCUCAGUCAGAAUCCAUAUGACUGCUGUGCGGUGGAGGGCUGGGAGGCCCUGCAGCAUCCACACACCAUCGCAGACUUGGCCACGAUCACUUGCAACCUCUCCUCCAAGGUCAUUCGCCUGACGGACCUGCCCAGGGGCAUGCCUCAGGACUGUAAGUGGGAAAGGGUGGACAUGGGCCUGCUGUACCUUGUGCUCAUUCUUCCCAGCUGCCUCACCCUGCUGGUGGCCUGCACUGUCAUCUUCCUCACUUUUAAGAAGCCUCUGCUUCAGGUGAUCAAGAGCCGCUGCCACUGGCCUUCCAUAUAUUGACCUGGUUACGAUUCAAGGUUAGAAAUUCGGCCUGUACAUGAAAGAUACUUUCUCUGCCAGAUUUCAAGAUCUGAUGCAGAAGACAAGGCUGAUGAAUUGAGCUUUAAAUUAAAGUAUAAAAUGUUUCCAUUCCUUAGAAGCAUCAUCAUGAUUCAUCCUUAUCAUCCUGGUAAAAUAUUUAUUAACUGACAUUAUACAAAAAUAAAAAACAUUUCUGAGAAAAAAA